CUUUAUCCGGUUUCCCCCUUCUUCUCUCCCCGCCGACCAAACCAAGAAGAAGAAAGGGGGAAAAAUCGAAGGAAAUUAAACAAUCCGAGAGGAGAAGCUAGGGUUUUCGCCAUGGCCACCGCCCACCUCGAGCUCCUCCACCCCUCCCCCAUUCCCAAUCUCUCCUAGAGCAAGGCGGAUCCCCUCCCCCCGCGCAUCUCGCAUCCGCGCGAAAGCGCCGCCUUUCCCUCCCUUUCCGCCCGCUCCUUCCCCUCCGCCCGAGGGUUUCCUUUCCCUUUCCCUUUCCCUCAAAGCCGCCGCAUCGCAUCGCGUCGCUGACGGAAUUAGCAAGCAACCCGCGCGCCGGUCUAUCAUCAUCAGGUAGGCGCUGGCGAUCGAGCUCCGGCCGAGGGCUUUGGCGGCGGCGGUCGGAUAAUGUGUAUACUGUGCGCCGUGCAACGGUGGUCGCGGCGCGUCGCCACCAUGCUGCCGUGGCUCGUCCUCCCGCUCAUCCUCCUCUGGGCGCUCUCCCAGCUCCUGCCCACAGCCUACCGCUUCGAGGUCACCUCUCCGCGCCUCGCCUGUGUCUCCGUCCUCCUCCUCACCCUCUUCUGGUACGAGAUUCUUCUCCCACGCCUCUCGCUCUGGCGCGCACGCCGCUCCGCGCGCCUUCGCGAGGAGCGCCGUGCCCACGCUCUCGAGCUCCAGAAGCUCCGCAAGACCGCCACACGCCGCUGCCGCAACUGCAACAACCCAUAUAGGGACCAGAACCCUGGAGGUGGCAAGUUCAUGUGCUCUUACUGUGGCCACGUAUCCAAGCGGCCUGUGCUUGACCUUGGCCCUGCAGGGAAGGUCCCAGCUGGUUGGCCUUGCAGUCAGGAUUGGGCCAAUGCUGUUGGUGACCCAGGUUACUGGCUUGACCUGCGCUGCUCCGCCGAUAAUUCAUACUCAGGGUUCUCAUGGCGGCUCUUCUCGUGCUUUUACGUGAGCAUGGCAUGGUUCUGGAAGAAGGUGUUCAGGUUUGGCUCAUCAGGGGACAGUGGUGUCUUGGGCCGGGAUGGCAAAAUGUUGACAAAAGGAGGAGAUAAUGGAGGGAAGGCUGAGGAGAGCAGAGUGGACAAGGCAAAAAGGAAGGCUGAAGAGAAGAGGUUGGCAAGGCUAGAGAGGGAAAUGCUGGAGGAGGAGGAAAAGAAGCAGCGGGAAGAGAUGGCAAAACUAGUAGAGGAGCGUAGAAGGCUGAGGGAUGAGAAAGCAGAGGCUGAGGAACGAUCCAAAGGCGCUACCCCUGUCGGGGAGAAGGAUGCUAGGAAGGAAGCAGAACGCAAGCGUCAGGAGAGAAGGAGGAAGGAAGACAAGGGAUCAAGCAAGAGUAACUCAGAUUGCGAGGAUAUUGAGAGAAGAGCAAGCAGAGAGGGCGAGUGGAAGCGGGACUUCGAUAGAAGGAAUGAGCCAGACAAGCGGGAUUCAGUUAGAGUUGGGGCAGAUGGAUAUAAGCCUCAUAACUUUGAAGCUAACGUUCAGGGUAGUAAGGUAGUACCGAGCAAGGCAAAAUAUUUUGGCCGUGUGACUGGAGGUUUGUUAUCUUCUUCCAGAGGUUUCAGCGGUGGUUCCCUUUUUGGUAGAAGUGCUCAGGCCCCUGCUCCUCAAGCUAACAACAAGGUGACCAAACCACUUGUUACUGCAACUGACCAGAGUAAUACAGUUAAAAGAGAUGCCCAGUCUGCAGCUGCACAAGCAAUGGCCAAAUCUGCUACAACUGGAGAAACUAGAAAUAUGUGGACUAAUUCUCAUCAACCUGUUAGUCCAAAUAUGCAGGCACAUCCUACAGGUCUUAAAAAGUCAUGGCAUCAGCUGUUUAGUCGCUCAACAUCAGUUUCUCCUUGUCCUGAUGUUACUGCUGCAGCUCGUGAAAAGAAGGGACAACCAGAACUAAAUGGAGCACAGAUAAGCAGUGCCCAAAAUUUUCUGGCUCAGUAUCCUCCUCUGGACAGCAACACAAGGUUAAGCCAGUCAUUGCAUUUUACAGGCUUUUCACUGGUAAAUGGAGCACCUGCGAACACACCGCCAUCUCAUUUUCCAGCUGGGCACACACCCUUCUAUGCUGAGGCAGAAACAGCAGUAUUGGAAGAACUGGAGAGGUUUGAGGACCCGUGCUAUGAUCCAGAUGCGAUUGCAUUGCUUGGGCCAGUUUCAGAAUCCCUAGAUAACUUCCCUCCAGACUGGGAUAAUAGGUUUACCUUGAGUGGUGUCACGAAGGAACCACAUGUUAAGCCGUCACCAAUUGAGUCUCCCCUGUCAAGAUCACGGACUGUUGAAGAAAAGCCUAUAAAACCAUCACAGUUUUCUAUUUCCAGAGGGCCUGAUGGUUCCAUGACACCUGAGGCUACCGAUGAGCAAGGCACAUGGCAAAUGUGGAGCACACCAUUGGUUCAGGACACUUUAGGCCUGCGAGGUCCUCAGACGCAGUGGCUUUUACCAAAUAAGGAUCAGUUUAACCAUGGUGUCAGUAACUUGAAUGGUGGAACAAGGAACCCCCUUGGUGCUGGUUUGCAUGACAGUGAUUUAUGGCUGCAGAAAUCACCCUUCCAGCAAUUGCCUCUUGAUACAGAGAGUCUGUUCCUUUCACACAAUUUUCCAGAAACUCCUGUUCACAGUGAGUUGGUUUUUGAAUCUCCAAACAAAGUGGUCCAUGCACACCCCUUUGGGUCACCUGGUCCUGGUCAUCCUUGGUGCAAGUCGGAAGUGGUGCUGAAUGAAUCUCAGGGAGCAAAUCAAAUCCACUCACCAACUGGAGCGCAUGCUGGUUUAUUUCCAACAAAUCCUGAUAUGCAGUCAGUUUGGUCCUUCGAUCAAAAAAGGGACAGCAUGGAACGUACAAAAUGAUAUUGCCUGAGCCAAGGGCUCCCUUCCCUUCCCUUUUGCCUCCCACCUUCUAGUUUAGGGAGUUGAGGAGAUAUGUUGGACCAGACUGUAUUCCCUUGCGCCAAAACGAAUCAUAGUCAUUUUAUUUAGUGAUAUCCUCACAUGUUAUGUUGCGCUCA